AUGGCACAGGCACAACCAGAAGAGAAGAUCCACGAGAACCCAGAAAAGGAUAUCCAAGAAACAGGGAAUUCCAGCUUCAAAUUCAAUGCCCAAGCUCCUGAAUUUGUUCCAAGAUCGCAAACCCAAAUGCCAAUUUCGGGUUAUUUCUAUCCCUGCUUCCAGAUUCUUGGUGGGUCUGGUGAUUCUGAUUGGUUCUAUGUUGGGGAUCAAGACCCUGCAUGUUUCAUCCCCACUGCCAAUGUUGCACUACCAAAUUACUCCAAGAAUAUCCUUACCCCUGAUCUUCAGCAAAAGAUUGUCAAACAGGUGGAGUAUCAGUUCAGUGACAUGAGCUUGCUAGCAAAUGACUCUUUCCAGAAACAGGUGAAUAAAGAUCCUGAAGGUUAUGUUCCAAUAACCCUCAUUGCUUCCACAAAGAAGAUCAAGUCCCUCGUUAGUAACGUUCAUCUGCUUACCCAAGCUCUCCGUUCAUCGUCAAAACUUGUUUUGAGUGCUGAUGGCAAGAAGGUUAAACGUAAGCAUCCUUUCACUGAUAAGGAGAAAGAGGAAUUGCAGUCUCGUACUGUUGCGGCAGAGAAUUUACCUGAUGAUCAUUCCAAUCAAAAUCUUCAGAAAAUAUUUAGUGUAGUUGGGAGUGUGAAAACGAUCAGAAUAUGCCAUCCUCAAGAAUCUAAUUCUUCCCGCCCAAAAGGUGAUUUCUUCGUCAGUAACAAGCUCCAUGCACUUGUGGAGUAUGAGACAUCAGAUAUAGCUGAGAAAGCUGUUGAGAAGUUAAAUGACGAAAGGAAUUGGAGGAAAGGGAUGCGAGUCAGGAUGCUGCUUAGAUGCUCGCCAAAAUCUGUAUUGAAGAGUAGAAAGUCGGAAUUUGAUGGCUAUAUAGAUGACGAUGAGAUACUUCAUUCUGAAACUGCUGAGGAUUCUUCUCAUCCAAACAACACUGAAUCAUUUGGUGAGACUAAUGUUGAUGAAAAUUCAGUAGGAUCUAAGAAAGGAUGGGCUAGAGGACGUGGAAAGGGCAGAGGACGCACUCAAAGCCAUACUGGACGUGGCCUUCUUGCCCCACCAUCUCAAUCAAGUAGCAUUGUCCUGUGUGAAGCAUCUACUAAACUCAACACUAAGGGCCCAAGAAUGCCAGAUGGGACAAAAGGUUUCACCAUGGGACGGGGCAAGCCAAUUAGUUCUGCUCUAGCCACUUCACCUCAGGCGUAA